CUAGCCUACAAUUGUACCACGACUCCAUAACUUUGACUGAGGAAUCCUCCGAACAAGAAAAAGUCAUAAAAACCCGGGUUUACAUUAUGCUAUUGUUUGGGAACUUGCUAUUUCCCGAAGGGACGGGAAAUAGCAUAAAUUUUAUGUACUUGAGUUUGCUCGGGGACAUUGAUAGAAUAAGCACAUAUAGUUGGGGUUCUGCAGUAUUAGCAUUCCUAUAUAGCUCUUUGUGUAAAAAUGCACAAAAUGAGCACUGUACAUUUUCUGGAUGUGCUUUUUUGCUUCAAACAUGGGGGUGGUGGAGAUUGCCGAGGCUAGCCCCAGAAAAUCCUAAUGACUACUCCUUCCCCUACGCAACUAGGUUCAUUACAACCGGACUGGAUUACAGUCUUACCCCCAAAAAUAAAAUUAUAUUUUAUCGUCAACUGUUGGAUCGUCUCCGAGCACAGGAUGUAUUACCACUAAAUCACUCAACUUCUAACUGAUUUAUUAAUGUCAUGCAUUCUCGAUAAAUAACAUAUUUACUUUUUUCUUUGCAGUUUAUUU